ACAUAGGCUUUAAUUUCUAUUAUAUUAUAUACUAAAUAUAUUUUCUACAGAACUAACUAGUAGGUUAUUCAACUUGGGUUUUACCUCAGAUUCAAUUCGAGUUUAUUAUGUCGUUUUACUACAUUCCGUGGUCGUCUUUUCGAGCAAGAUGUUGUUAGUGCUCAUGAUAUUAUUUUCUAUAAUUAAUAAUACAAUUGCAUUAUCUAACGAUCUAUUCAUAAUACAUAAUCCUAUUCUGGAAGACGUUAAUGAUAACUACACAUCACAUGAAGUUGAAGUAUUCCCCUCGAAAUGUGGUUUAAGAGGAGGCUACUAUUUCAACAGAAUUGUUGGAGGACAGAUUUCGGAACCAGGAGAGUUUCCAUGGAUCGUUUCUUUGCAAAUUCGAGUGAGAAAUAUGUCCAAACACAUUUGCGGAGGAGCGAUUAUAAAUGCGCUAUGGAUAAUAUCUGCGGCUCAUUGUGUUUUUGAUUUGAAUCCAUCGGAAAUAUCAAUAGUUGCUGGUGAUUAUAAUUUGUAUAUACAAGAAGGAUUUGAGCAAAGACGACAGGCAUAUAAAAUAUUCACUAAAAAUUUCGAUUUAACAAAUUUUCAAAAUGACAUCAGUUUAAUUAAAUUACAAAAGCCUUUAAAAUUAGUUGAGAAGCGAAUUGAACCAAUUUGUUUACCGCUUCCAGAUGAUGUUUUCUAUGGUAAUGGAGUUGUGGCCGGUUGGGGUCGGUGGGAUGAAAACGAAAGGGCUACUCCCCGUUUAAAUCAUGUUAGUUUACCAAUAAUCAACAAAACGGUGUGCGAUUAUCAAUACAAACGGGUGGGAUUCUCAGGAUAUUUGAAUGACUGUCAAAUGUGCGCGGGAUUUUUAAAUGGAAGAAAAGAUGCUUGCCAAGGAGAUUCGGGAGGUCCAUUGAUAUGCAACAAAGACAAUGAUCGUUAUUAUCUAUGUGGUAUUGUAAGCUGGGGUAUUGGAUGUGGAAGACCAAAUUAUCCAGGAAUAUACACAAAAGUACUUUUCUUUAAAUUUUAUUCCUUAUUCAUGAGUAAUCAUAUAUAUUUUAGGUCACUUGCUUCUCUGAAUGGAUAUCCAACACAAUUAUAAAUAAUUAG